GCUGAAUAUAAAAUGAUAUCAUCAAGACUCUUGAGAGCUAAAAACAGAGUCCCAAAGAGACUCUUUGGAACUACCAAUAAGGACGAAACCGAUAGGAACAACAAGUACUUGGCAGCCACUUAUGAUGUGUGUGACUCAGUCAUCUCAAAAGCAAAUGGAAUUUAUGUAGAGGAUGUUGAAGGACACAAAAUGCUCGACUUCCAUUCAGGAUAUAGCUGCACUAACCAGGGACACUUACAUCCAAAGAUCUUGCAGGCUCUAUAUGACCAGACUAAGAAGCUGACUAUGGCUAGUAGGAUUUUCAAUACUGACAUUUCUGGAGAGUUUGCUCAAUUUAUCAGCGAGACUUUCGGAUAUGAGAAAAUGGUUCCAAUGAACUCAGGUUCUGAAGCCUGUGAGUGUGCAGUUAAAAUGGCCAGAAGAUGGGGAGUAAUGUCCAAGGGUAUUGAUAACGAUAAAGUCACUGUUAUUACUACUCAUAAUUGUUUCUGGGGAAGAACCAUUGUCUCUAUGAGUGGAUGCAGUGAUCCUAAUAGAUAUUCAAACUUUGGACCUCUUGUCCCAGGAUUCGACAUGGUUCCUUUUAAUGACCCAGAUGCUUUGGAGGAAAAGCUGAAAGAAAAUCCCAAUAUUUGUGCCUUCAUGAUUGAGCCAAUCCAAGGAGCAGCUGGAGUCAUUGUCCCAGACGACGACUACCUCCGAAGGGUGCAGGCUCUCUGCAGAAAAUACAACGUGCUCUUCAUUUGUGAUGAAGUGCAGGCCGGACUUGGAAGGACCGGAUACAUGUUGGCACAUCAGUUCGAAGAAGGUGUCAGACCAGACAUCGUUACUUUGGCGAAGGCUACGACUGGAGGAGUAUUGCCAUUAAGUCUAGCUCUUGCUGAUAGCCAUAUCAUUGACUUGCUCGGUAAAGGCCAGCACGGAACCACCUACGGAGGUAACGCCCUCGGAUGUGCUGUUGCUAAAGCCGCCAUCGAAGUCAUCAUCGAAGAAGACUUGUGUGAGAGGUCCAGAGUCAACGGAGCCUUCUUCCACAAUUUACUUGAGAGCCUCGACACCCCUGUGAUAAAACUUGUCAGAGGAAGAGGCCUCUGGUACUCACUAGUGAUUGAUAGACCUGGCCAGGCCAAGGAGUUCUCCGAAGUUCUUGCUAAGAACGGACUUGCAUGCAGAAACACUGACGGAGAGUCACUGAGGUUCGCUCCUCCAUUGACCAUCGAGAGAGAGCAGCUGGAGCAAGCUGCAGAGAUCAUCUUGAAGACCUGCAAGGAGUUCGAGUAG